UCCCAACGAGGCGGCCCGGGUUAGCUCGACGCGUCCUACUCCGGCUCACUUGCGCCGGGCCAAAUCCUACCUGCUUCCGCUUGCCUGUUCCCAUCUGGGUGACGCUCUUCCCCACCCGAUUCGCUUCUCCGUCUCGUCCAGAUCUCUCUCUCUCUCGCUCGCUCGCUCGCUUGCGCAGGUACACCGUCCCUCAAGUGCGCUGCCGAUCUCUGACGCCCCUCCGCCAAGAUCCGACGGCAAGGAGGGACCCGAUCGGCGAGGCGGCGGCCGCCUUGGAUCCGUCGUCGAUGGUGGGCCCCGCGGCCGCGGCGCAGCUGGGCGCCCUAGCGGCGUGCAUCGUCCUCUUCGUGCCGCUGGGCAUGGCCGGGUGGCACCUUAGCCGCAACAAGGUCCUCUUCUUCAGCGGCGCCCUCUUCAUCUCACUCGCCGUUGCCGUCCACCUCGCCCCCCACCUCCCAUCCCUCUCUCUUCUCCUCCUCUCCUCCCUCUCUCCCUCCGCUCCCAUCAUCAGUACCACAUCCUCCUCUUCCUCCGAUCCAAUUACCACGCCUACCUUCUCCUCUUGCCUCCCUUUCCUCCACGACGUCGAUUGGCAUCAAGAAUCCCCUUCCUCUCCACCGACCUGGCGGUGGACGCAGCCUCCGCACGCCGCCGCCUGCGGCUUCCAGCGACUCCCCCGCGCCGACGCCUCCGACCUCCUCAACGGCUCCUGGAUCCUCGUCGCCGGCGACUCCCAGGCUCGGCUUCUCGCCCUUGCUCUCCUCCGCCUCCUCCUCGACCCCGUCGCCCUCCCGCCCGUCGAGGCUGACCUCUUCCGCCGCCACUCGGACUACCAUGCCGCCCUCCCCACCCGCGGCCUCACCCUCGACUUCGUCUGGGCCCCCUUCGAGUCCAACCUCACGGCCCUCCUUCGCGGCCUCCGCCGCCGCAGCCCCGCUUCCCGCCCUGACGUGCUAAUCCUCGGCUCCGGCCUCUGGCACAUGCUGCAUUUCACCAACUCGUCCCUCUACGGCGAGUCCCUCGUCUCACUCAAGCGCGCCGCCGUCGCGCUGCUCUCCACCGCACCGGCACAGCCACCCCACAUGUUCUGGCUUGGGUUGCCGACGCUGGUCAACUCGAUGCUGAACACCGAGGAGAAGAGGGCGAGGAUGAAUGCGACGGUGUGGGAUGAGUAUGACCGCGAGGUGAGCGAGAGUACCAUCCUGCGAAGCUCCGGGGGGCCGUUGUUACUGCUAGAUAUCGGAUUGUUGAGCCAGGGCUGCGGACAGGGUUGUACAACCGACGGGAUGCACUACGACAGUGUGGUAUACGAGGCAGCCUUUCACAUUAUGCUUAAUGCUCUGUUGAUCGAGUCCCAGCAGCGGAUAUGAAGCCCGGCGAUUGAUUGCUUCGAGGGUUCACUUGGUCGAGAUCUCUCCUUCGAACCUUGAAAAGCGCUUGAAAGUUGGAAGCAUGUUGUUAAGUAUUGACAUUCUUUCUUUCAGCACGAUAAGAUGUAUCAUGUAACUUCUUUCACUAUAAUACAACGAUAAUGCAAUGAAAAAAAGUUAAGAGAGUA